AUGUUGUACUUUGAAGACUUUAUGGAGGGUAAAAUGCCUAAAUAAUGUAGAAGAUUAUCCUUUUAAAUUAGCCAUCGAGAGCCUGCCUGCUGAAGUUAAUGAAACACUCACAAAUCUGCGCGACAUUGACUGUCAGACUCAGGGUAUUUUUGUCCUCGUAACCUGAAUAAGGUCGCCUGUUAGCCACCUUAGAGCCCGUCAGUGGGCUAAUAAACACACUUUUUGAAAACUGCAAGCUUUCGAGACUAUCUAACAAGGAAAAAGAAAUCGAAUAUGAGAGAAUUUUGAAUGUAAGUCGUCGGAAGCGUUAUCCGAGUCCUGUAGCUGUACGACCAGGCCUUGGCACACUCUUCAAAGAAAACAGAGAUUGUUCGAAACUUAUACGAACUAGUAAUUCCUUUUCCGGAAUAAACCAUUUUGCAGUACAGGAAGGUUGUAAGGAAACUGGAUGCAGAGCUGGGGAAGUUUCGGCUUGAACUAGAAGCCGACAACUCCGGCGUGACUUCGAAGAUUGAGCACCGUGAGUUGUGCUUCCUCUUAAUAUUAUGCUUACUAGGCAUCCAUACACUCUUGGGGCGGAACAGUUCAGCUGUAAACAGACUUGAUAGUAAGUUUGGACGUUUAAACAUAUACCAAAAUGUAGAACGGCGUACCAAACUUCGUUCCGGUCAUCUCUUCAACAACAGCCGUGUCAUUUCGCGCCGACGUCAACCUUAUUCUGCUGAUGUACCUGAAAGGCCAUUCUUCGUCCUCAAACGGCGUUUUGCGGCCUUUGAGACUCCUCUUGCCUCUCUGCCCCCUGUCCCGUCCUACUCGAAUUCGGGUAUGCCUUUUCUGCCAAUGGACUCCUCGGGCACGUUGAUGUCCGACGAACAGAACAGGCCGCCAGGUUCCGACAGUCUGCGUAGGAUUCCCAGCUCCGGUAGUUUGGAUUCGAUGGAUCGGAGCAUCACAGAUUUUGAUACCUUCCAACCGGACUCUCAGGAAUUUUGUGAUCCAGGUGAUGAUCUGCACGUGCCCAGUAAGUUCCAUCCCCAUGUUAGGUUCACUCCUAAGAAACUUGCCGUCCCUUUUGUGGCCACCCUGUUUUCUUCACUGUGGUUUGCCUAUCUACGGUUUUGACCCGCCGUUCUCGCCACCAUCGCAAUUCUCGUUCCGGAGACCGUCAUUAAUGUUGCUGUAGAUCCUCGUAGUCUCACUCACUCCUUAUUAAUGGUUGCGUGAUAGUUGUCAUCUCCAAGGCGUACUGGGAUGCUCCGUUCGCGAACAGCCUUCAGUAUCCUUCUCCAGGGUCUUAUUACGCACCCUGACCACUAGAUCAAUUGUGAGCAUCCGUAUUUCGCAAUCGUCUGUUUCAUACAAGCCUGGACCGAGCAUAUGAUUACUAGGAUGUCAGAUAAAACGUCUUUCAGUGUAGCAGGUCUAAGGAAAACGCGCUAAUCGUAGAAGUGGCUACUGACAAAUCGGCGAGUGGUGGCCAGUGGAAUUUUCGCUAACAAAAGUUGCUUGCACGAUAAGCUCGAUCUUGUGUCUGACAAGCCGCUUCAGUACCACCAGGGCGCUGGACUGAGCUCUACAACGCCGGUUACACUAAGAAGUGCCACAAGUCCUGAUAAGGUUAUUGUGAGAUUUCGACUGUGAACUGUCAUUUAUUAAGCCAGCCUGCCACCACUGCCAUAGGGUUUACGCUUCCACCAAGGUGCCGGAGAAGACAGCCCGAAACAAAUAAUCUGAACGACCUCGUUAAACUUGUUUGUACGCAACAUUCAGAAGAAAGCUCAUGAGGAAUGUCUGAUCCAAAUAUUACGAUCCGUGCUACGAUGUCCGAGGGAGCCGACACGCUCCACAGCCCUAGGCCAAUUAUACUGGCGAAUAAUAUGCGCGUUGGACUAUUUAGUCGAGGCCGUGCCCUGUGUAUUUUAUGGUAGAGUGUGCGCACGUUCCCCAACUCAACUACUCGAGCUCUGACCGCGUAGCCUUAAGUACAAUGUGGGUGUCUGAACCGUGUCUGAAGUUCCAGCUCCCAACUCAGACUCUUUGGAAAUCAAGAGCCCAGAAUGAACUUACCUCGCCUUUUAUUACAGCGGCAUACGCGGUCAUCCUGGUAGCAACGGUGUGACGGGUGCCAUUUCUCAACAGGCAAACCGUACAUUGCUUGUGUGGGAAGUAGUCAUUCACCAGAUGACCUCCGUAUGCAGUCCGGAUUUGCUGUGGGGAUAUUUCGAACCAUCCAAGACGACUGGGGUGGUUUAGGCACGUUUAUUCUCCGCCGCAUUACCUCGGUGUUGCUCUUGCUCCGAUGCUGUUGCCCACCCGAGGACGUUUACGAGGUCAGCAAAAAACCUAGUUCGAUACAGUUAACCAAGGAAUGGAAGUUGUUCUUGAGUCUUCUGUAUUCGGCCUCCUUCGCUAGAGGAGAGAAUGCAUCGGGCCACCUAGAUCCUCUGGCGCAGAUGGUCGCGUGGGAAGGUACAAUUUUCAGCACCAUGUGUGGUCGCAUCUGUAUCAAACCAAAAAAUCGUACGGCCGACGGGGCACUUUCAUAGAAUUACGAUCGUCUCCGUGCACGCGCCAACAUCAAUUACGAAUCGGAGCCGUAGAGGAAGCACCUGCACGCAGUUACAAUAAUUGGUUUAAAUACAGGCUACCCGUUAGUUGUUGGCUAACCAGCGCGUCCGCAGGCGGCGGAUAGUGGAAUGGUCUUCAGCAAAGGUUAGCUACAAAAUAAGCUCUCUCGGUUCUGGCGAAUAAGCAGUUGCGGACCUCGGGCAGCAGGUGUCAACCCACACAUGACUCUCUACCAGAGCGGCCCACGCGACUCUUCUAGAAGACACGCUGUGGCAGUCGCCCUCUCGCAACAAACAAGUCUUUCACUACUUGUUUGGGAGUCAAUCAUUGACCGCAUAGUCUAUGUGCGACUGAACGGUCUCUUUACGAACAUCGCUGUCGUUUCCGUGUACGCACCAAUAUCAGCUGCCGAACAGUGCGAUAGAGAUGUUUUUUACUUGCGGCUGCAGACAUUGGUUGGAGACCCUCGCCGUGAUCUGCUGAUUGUUGCCGGGGACUGGAAUGACCGAGCUGGACCUGACGACUCUUCCAACAGUCACCUUAUUGCUCUCUUUGGGCUUGGUUCCCGAUGUGACAAUGCUGAGAGAAUCUUGAACUUUUCUGAUCAGAACCGACUAUUUGUCACUAAGACGUGCAUCCAACAUCGACGCAAACAUCUCCUGACCUGGUACUCAAACAAUGGUCAUACGGUCAGUCAUAUCUGCACCCAAAACGCCGCAUUAAAAACGCCUCGAUGUUGCCAAGCGUUGAGAGCACAUCACUACCGAGAUCCCGAGCAGAUAAAUCCGGCCGUUUUACGACCCGAGCCGUCGGAGAAGACAGUGGUCAGUGAUCAUCAUUAAAGUUGCUGAUCUAUGGGGCAGCCGAGGAAAUUCUUGGAUUCACCCAGCGACACCGCGGUCACUAGAUCAGCGGAAGAACCUUGUAGUUGUCUGGUCAAACUGCUAAGGCCGGGUCGCGUAAUGGAUUUACUCCGCAAGCUCCGCAAAUGACGGCAAAAUCGGCUAGGGCUGACCGGAAGAAAUAUAGGGCAGAAAUAACGACCUCCAUGGAGCAGGACUCAGACGUAGGUGACAUUCGAAAUGUGCAAAAUUAUCCGCCAAGUUAGUGGUAAACCCUCGACACUGAACGACUCUCUUCGCGAUGCAAACGGCGGUUUCAUUGCUGACAGCUCAAUCAAGAUCGAUCACUGGCGUAAGCACUUCAAGCACUUCAACUUUGAUAAGCAACUCAUCACACGCUUGCGCUCUCGCUGAAAUCUACAAGUCUUGUGCUGACAUCCUCGUGCCCUGGCUCCAUGAGGUGAUUGAACAAGCGUGGAAAAACGAGGUCGCUCCUGAUUACUGGGGCUCUGGCAUCCUUGUUCCUGUCUGCGGGAAGGCUGUUAAGACAAAAUGCGAGAUCCACCCUCGUAUAAGCUUCGUCGACGUUGCUGCGAAGGUCUUCACCGUUGUCCUCACGCGAUUCCAGGCUGUGCAUGACUAAAACGAGGCGUAACCAGGCCGACUUCCGAGCUGGGCGUGAAUGUGCCGACUAGAUACUCACACCGGGGCACACUCGAGUUCCGCCAUAGCCACCAACAACCGGCAACCGUCUGCUUUGUUGGCUUCGCUGCUGCUUUCGAUUCCGUUAAUUGUGAGUCCAUGUGACGAAUGAUGGAACCAGAUAGUGUGCCAUCUAAAAUCAUCGGCCUGAUCAAGGCUAACUACCAUCCAGCCACCACGCGUUCCAACGACGAUCGUACGACCAGUCAUGUUAAUUAUGUCUUAAUCAGUUUAUGUUUCGUAGUCGGGUCCAUGAUAAGUAAUCUAUGGGGGCUGCAACUGGCGAGGCCUGAGUCAAACCAUGUUCUUGUUUGUACAAGCUCGCCAAGAAUUUGUCAUGCAAGACGCUUUGGUUUCACAAAAGUACAACACAACACAACCGAGGCUCUGAGCACAAAAUCCGGCAUCUGCAGUCCGAGUUAAGGAAUAAAGCCGAACGACCGGCAAAACACAUACCGACGGCGGAAAAGAGAAUUCUGUUCUUUCAAGUCCCCUUUCAAGGAGACGCGGCUAGUGAACUGAGAAGGCGCCUUGACCAAGUCGUCUCAAGUAUUGUUUUUGACCAACCCCGUCUUACGCGGCAAAGGUCAGGAUAGGCUACCAGCUCAGACCACGUCCAUGUGCAUUUACUCCUUUACUUGUUCCUGCGGGGCAGGCUAUAUUGGUCGUACGAGUCGGCACCUAUUCACAAGAAUACGAGAACAUCUGCUAGCAUGGCUGAGAAAAGAUGAAGAGCGUACACAGCUCCAUCCUCGCACACAUGGUUGAUUCUGGGCAUUGUAUGGAUCCCAACGAGGCCUUCUGUGUGAUUUACAAGGUCCCACCUAACUACUCUAAGCGACUGGGUCAGAGCUUACUAGAAACAGCAGAAUCGACUGCCAUCGGGCUACGGAGACCGGUCGUGUGCACUCAGAAGAACCUCGGGCACGCUCCGCGCCUGCCGUGGGCAAGGAUCGAUUAACUGUAUGCAUGUCCUGCGCCCCUCCCCUUCCCCCCCUUGUGACACGUCUCUACCUGACUCCUACUACCUCUCCCCCUCCCCUUUAUUACAUACCUCGUUUCUAUGAAAAGACAAACCGUAAUCGAUUGCUCUUAUCGCUCACAUGCUUAAGUUUGUACCUCGUUCCCGUAUAAAUGUACAGGCCCGAUGAGAAUUUAUCGAAAACAGUAGCAAAUGUUCAGUCCGAGUCAGCUAAGGGGAUUGUCGGAUCCACACAAGGGUGUCACGAUGACUGGGUCAGCCCAAGGACCUUAUAGUUACCUGCCCCGACAGUUCGCGUUAGAUCCUGCAACGAUUAUUCUUUUCGCUAAGUCAGGAUCGGCUAGAGGUCCACAUGCAUUAUUGGGCUGAAGUGGCGACCUUCAUAGAACAGGCGUCAAACGUCGGUGGCAUUCGUAAGCAACCAGAUUAUUCACCAAGUUAGUGGUGGGCCGUCUACACCGAGUGACUGUUAGCAUUGGGUGGGAACGUUACUGCUGAGGAAUCAAUCAUAGUCGAGCGCUGACGUAAACACAUCGACUAUCAACGCACCCUCCGUUCAGUGCGGUUUUGUCUCCGGCCUAUAUGGCUUCCUGUCCUGAUUUUCCAUCCCCAAAAGGAAAUAAUGGAUGUAUUAUUGAGGCUAUGCAAUAACAAGGCUUCCGAAGAAGGCGGCAUCGUCACUCAGCCUUAUGUCCACGCUCCGACGCCCUGGCUUCAUGAAGUGAUUACCAGGCAACUUUGAGAAGGCAACCACAUCCCUGAUAACUGGUGUUAAACCAACUCUGUGCCCGUCUCCAAGGCGCGAUAUAAGACAGUACGAGGACUGCCGCGGCAUAACCCUCGCCGACGUUGCUGCGAAGGUUUUUUCCAUUACCAUUCUCAGGUGGUGGCAGUGGUAGGACAGGACUCAACAUAGUCGGAUUCCGAGAUGGACGUGGAUGCAUCGAACAGAUAUUCGCAAUUCGGCGUAUUCGUGAAUUUUGCCAUGAUAUCCGGCAAUCAACGGUCGUCUUCAUUGUGGACUUUGCCGUAACCGUUCGUUCUGUUUGCCGUUGGUCCCUGAGGUGAAUGAUGCAGCUAUAUUAUCUGCCGGCGGAAAUAAUCGCAAUGAUCGGAGCCUACCAUCGUUCCACCACUUCGCGGGUUGUGGUCAGUGACAGUUACUCCGGCCGUUUUGUAUGUGACCCGGAGCUUGACGAGGUAUUUUGUCGCAUAUCCCGUCCAAUUAAGUUAUUAACUACAUUCAUGGAAGGGCUCUACGCGGCUUUAACGGUGUAGCAUUUGCACCCGGCUGCAGGCUGACUGACCUUGACCAUGCUAGUGUCAAGUUGCAGAAUGCAGUAUCGCGGGCGAACGACUUUGCUAAGUUAUCUGGUUUGUUCGUUAAAAGUAGGCAGACCAGUGUUUUCAAACUGUAUUCCCGACCAGUAGAAGACGCUCAUCUGGGCUAAUGACUGUCAUUUGGAAGGGAUAGAUGGUUUCUAUUUUCUCGAGGCGAAGUUGCCAAAUGGGCAGAGUAUAUGCUACACCGUCUUCCGAACGGAUGCUGCCGGCACGGCUUUUGCAAUCCUUAGGAACGGUUUACGGGCCCAAAGCGAUAUCUUAAUCACCACGACGAUCUACGUUCAGUGAGCAUUUAUCCAGCCGGUCCCUCUCUACGGUUGCGAAUGCCUCUGUGCGCGUAGAAAUUGAGCGACUACAGGUGUGACCACCGUUGCCUAACAAUAAUUAUGCGAGUGAAGAACGCAGAAAUCGUAUCGGAUGGGACAAUAUGCGCUCGCUGCAACGUCUCGAGGAUAUUUUGGGCCGUUAAAGGUAACUGGUGUGGCUUAGGCGCUUUCUUCGUCCAUUCUAGGAGUUUAAUGUUGCAGCUGUCGAUCCGGUGCAGCUGCCUACUUUGAGGUGCGGAAGAGCUCGGCUUAAAACCUGAUCCAGCACCAUCCGUCAGAAAGUGAUGGUUCAUUACCUCUGGUAUUCGGUCUCCGAAACAGGAAAGAAUGGGUCGAGUUCCCCUCCCCUCUAAUGCCCUAGAUCUGUUGCUGCCGGUUGCCACGCGCGCAUAGUUGGAGCGAGAUAAUUGAGGCCGAUCAAAGUAGUCAUGAUCACAGCCGUACCAAAUAUAAAUUGCCAUCGAUAGUGCGAUUCCAGAAAGUAAAUCAGUUUGGGCCUUAGGUGUUCUCCAGUAAUUUCUAGCUAAACACAGCUCAUGCACAGCUAAUUCCGUAUUUUUUCCCCUUGCGGAUUUUAUACUUUUCUGUCCUGUCGCUGCUAAAAGUCUCACGUUCUCUAUAAGUCCACUCUAGCGACAAAGAUUUAGGUUAUGCUUUUUAUUCCAGCACAGCUUGCUUUUUGAGUUUAUGUCGCAUUUGUAACAGUGCCUUGUUACAAGCCUUGAAUGUUUUGAAUGAUCUUUCCAACAGUCGAUUCCAAUAAACGGAGUCGCACGCUUGGAACUCCCCAAAAGCCUGGGAAUUCUUCGGAUGUUCCCGGACGUGAUUCACACAGGUGUGUUCAUAUCUUGUGUAGUCAGUAUCUCUGGUUCUGUUACUACGCUUAGCAAUGAUUAGGUUACUUUUUGUGCGAGCCUUUGUUCCCUAUGUGCACACGGGAUAUGCGUGCUCGGCAAACUUAACUAGUGAUCCUUCUGCGGUGAGGGAGACGAGGUAGGUCACUUUUUCCUAGUGGAGGUCGUCAAAACCUGUGAUUCAGUCGCAUCCAACAUCAAGUCAACUUACAGACCUAGCUAGAAAUGUCAACGAUCGUGUUGGGUGAUGAAAAUAUCAGUUCAUUUGGCUAAAAAACCCGAAUGAAACUUAGAACAUAUGUUCAAACAGUAUUGUGUGAACUUGCUAAUCGAACAGCAAUCAGUCCUCAAUCUACCUAGUCCGUAACCUACCAGGACCUGAAAUUAGUAAGGGGAUCGAAGUGGUAAGUGUAUCCUAUGAGUUAAAUGUGGGAAUGCCAAACCACCGGAAAUUGGAGCUUGUUUAGCGGGUAUUGUAGACGUGCAUAAUUAGGCAUGAGAAUAAACAUACGAACGGGCGACCGUCUUUGGUCAAUACGCGGUAACUUGUUCUCUCAUGACUUUAUUGAGUUGUUGUCCAUGCAGUCUUAAAGAAAACAGGAAGACAUUACUCAUCUUUUGCAGUGAGGAACUGUAUCAGCACGUUUGCCCAUGAGGCCCUUAGUUGAUGACCUACAGUUACAAUGGGAAUAGGAUGUUAUGGUGUUAUAUUGAAGACUAUAGUUCUCGAGUAAACGGACAGGUUUGUAUCUACCGAACAGGUCAAAUACCCACGGCAGCGAAACGUAAUCAGCCAACCAUGAAACAGUUAAGCCGAGGGAAUCACAGGAUUUUUCCCCUGGGAGGAGUCAUAAUCAGUCAACGCUAGAAAAAUAUAUCUGGAUAUGCAUAUCGGCCUUUUUAAUGCUCGAAGAACAGAAUGGAUAAAGAAGGGCCACUAUAUCUGUUUUAUAUGUGCGAAUUAGAGGGUCAGUGAACCAAGGGGAACACGAUGAUGCCGACGCAUUUGAGUACCAUGGAUGGCAAAUUUCCUCAGUGAGUAGUCCUAGCGUAGAACAGCGUGUCGAGCCUCAGUGUUCCCAAGCUGGUGUCGCUUAUACUACUCAUUAUAUCGGAAGCAGGAUAAUUAUGUUAGACGCUGGAUCAGCCUCCCUGCUUGCAGGAAUUGUCUAAUGUUACUUCAGGUCUCACAUGUGAGUUUACAUUCAAUACCACAGACUAGACGUUGGGAUGGCCCUAAACCACACGCAGAUUGUGCUGUUACCGGACACGAUAAUCUCGUGUGUAGGAGCUGUAGAUAGCUCUGGUACACGCUAAGAUUUUCCAUGUUUUUUCCAGUAUUGCCGUUUGUGUCAUUUAGGUAUCGACCUGUCACCUAUGUUCGAUAGCAGUCGACCUUUGACCGCAGUUACUUUAAGAACAUGCGCAUAGAACCUGGUUGGUGUGUGUUAGCAAUCCCUAAAGUUUGCUGAUGUCUGUUUAGGAAACGAACUUCUGUACGCAGUUACCCAAACAACUAACACGGAAACUAAAAAUGUUCCACUCAUCGUUGAAGGUUAAUUUCCACUCUGAACUUAGAUUAACUCGGUCCUGACCGAGGAAAGAGUAGCUUGUCCAAGCGAGGACUAUCUUCGGAUGCGUGCGAAACUUAAUACGGCUGGUGGUCAAAAUUAGGUGGAGUCACUUUACUCUGGGACGUUCGUUGGAUAUCCUACCUGAUGUCCACUCAUAGCCGGUGGCGUCAUGUCGCAUUUUAAAGACCAUUUUCUACCUGCCUUUCGUCAUGCAUAGUUGCUAUUUCGCAUAUCACCCAGCAGGUACAAUCUAAGUGCCGGAUUUCACUGUUAGCUGAGUCAUCAUGGUUUACUUGGUACCUGUAAGCGGACCUGGUUGUAUCUUUUUUCCCUGAUAACAGGAAAUGCGUCCGAACACCAAAGCUGACUACUUUUCUCUUACUUUCUUUGCUCUUGGUCCUGCUAAAAAUUUCAGGUGCAAUGCCAGCUUUUCAAUAGGUGGGUUGACUGUCAAGAUUUUGGUUAGUAUGUGAAUAGUGCUGACAAUUCAGGAACUACAGGGGGGCACAGUUGACUUGCUCUAUUUUGUCUCACCCACCCAUGCACUGUCAGAUCUAAACGGUUCAUCUUUCUUUGAAGGCUUCUUCACGGCUACGAACCUGGAUGUUCUCCGUUUGUCUCUUCAGACAAUGAGGCAAUCAGCAUGACGAAUAUCAGCAACAAUCUUUCGUAUCCUAUCAACGAUCAGUCCGUGGAUGACUUAUUGGUUGAACCACGACAUCCCCGAGAUCCCUUGUACACACCUCGGGACAAGACGACUCCACGUUCCGGCGGUUCACCAGAGCCGAGUGUACUUCAACAACAGGCUUCCAGCAGACCUGGCUUACCAAAGCUUGUUGCUCGACGCACGGGUGCCGGCGAGAGUCCCCGACACAGCUGGUUCCCCAGCUCUAGUGCGGCUGUAAGUGGAGAGCCCGGUCGUUUGCACAGCACUGGUUCUCAAUCUAGUCACGGCACCAUAGGUCGUGAAAAGCGUGCCUCGAGGACAAGCAGGCGACCGAGCCGUUUAGGGUCGCAGACUGACUCCAACGACGAGUCUUCUGACCAUGACUUGAUGACGCGUCCUGCCUACUCUGCUGAAGCGCACUCGAAACCUCCGGUGGCUGCUAGUGGAUCGCAGCAAGAGGGUGAUUAUCGAAAGUCCCUGCACGGAUCACCGCGUAUCAGUGCAGUUAAACGAGAGACGAUGCAUUCAGUCGCCACCGAGAACAAAGAGGACCAGCGACGCUACUGCUUCUGUCACGAUGUCAGUUACGGCGAUAUGAUUGCCUGUGAUGCACCAAACUGUCCCUUUGAGUGGUUCCAUUACAAUUGUGUUGGCUUGGUUGUUGCUCCCAAGGGCGAGUGGUUCUGUCCUUCCUGUUCCAAACUUAGUUCAACGGCUCGAUUUGGUCGAAAGCGGACUAACAAACGGUGA